ACCUCACACCUCAUGUCACCUUGCACAUUCUUGGACUUCAGUGACUCCCCAGGCCAUGACACAGAGAUGCAGCCUCGAGAGCAUGACUGCAGAGGUCCCAACCUUUCCCCCAAGAGCUCAGGAUGGUUGGAGGAUGCUGGAUGGUUCCUCUUCGCGGACAGACUUCAGGCCAGAGUUCCUGCCAAAUCCAAGCCAUGCAGCUUCUCCAGGCAGGACAGGGCAUCAUACCGUAACUUCAUGCGUUCGGAUCCUGUCAAGCUGUGCUUCUGGCUCCAGUGCUGGUUUUUUUUUUAUGUGCAGUACUCUAUCAGCUUGAUCUCAAAACAAACAACUUUGAGCUCCUCUUCCAGGGCUGGAAAGGGAAACCCCAGUUGGCAGAUGUUUGCUUCAAGCGUGAAGGUGUUCCGGUUUCUUGGCACACCUUGCUCCCGUCUCAAGGACUGGGUUCCUCUCAUUAGGUCAGAGAUGGACAUUGGGAACUUGAGGUGCAGUGGCCACAGGAUCCUUGAAGGCACCCCUUUUAUUGGCCUCCCGUCACUUCUCUCACUUCCCAUAAAUCUUGACUUCUGCCUGAACUCUGAUCAUGCUGUUGAAGGGUUUUCUUGCAACUUUUACACUGGCUUGUGUUUAACAUGAAACGAACAAACUUCUUCUCAAACUCUCAAGACACUUCACUUUAGCACCAAGGACCUGGGUUUUGUAGGCUGAAGACAUCCUUGCUCAUCCUAGCAGUUGUUCUGGACCAGUCACAUCUACCUCACUGUAGGAACUGAAAAGACACUGACCAUCUUGUGCAGGUGUGCACUGGGGGUUAGCGAAUCACACACUUGGUGUAUUUGCCCUCUUGCCUGACUUCAACAGGUUGACCCAGGCUUGGAAUCCGAGCAUUCCUUGUGAAAUCUUGUACUAAGUUUUGAUUUAUUUGUGUCUCAUGAAAUUUUUGAAUUGUGAUGCUUGAAGUCUUGUACAGUUAAUUUGCAUGGAACUUGCACUGCUUCAACCUCAGGACUGUAACUCUUGUACAGGGUCUCUCCACUGUGGAAUUUUGACAUUUCAGGUUCUUAACAUGUCAGUGUUAUGGUUCAAGUUUUGGAGGAAAGAUAUAUUAUGGAGGACUAGUUAAGUGUAAUCGAGGUGACCCCUCGAUAGCCUUCCUUGGCUAUCAAAGUUAGGACUAGGGUUGGAAUCUAUAUGAAUUCAGGGGCUGAUUAACACAGCUGAGAAGGGUCAUCUGUUUCUUUUUCAGUAAUGCAUUUAAGUCCAGUCAGUUUUCCAAGCAGGAGUGUGAUCUGUUAUCAUU